UCACCGCGUCGCUUUGUUUUGAUGCACUCACACACAUACGGCGACAUUUCGAAGAAAAAAACACAACUGGCUGGCGCCUCGAAUUAUUUGUGAUAUCCCAGCGCGAGAAGCGUCCUCGGAACACGGCCGUGGCUAGUGGAAACCAUGGCACGGAGAAAUGUGUGGACCUACGAGGAAACCAAGGAACUGCUGUCCGUGAUUAAGGACAAGGGGCUGAUCAGGCACUUUGGUGAGGAGCAAAACAAAAAGCUGUACGGCAUAGCGGAGGCCGAGAUGCGAAAGCGCGGCUUCCUGGACAAGGGUGCGUUCCAGAUCGAGCACAAAUGGAAAAACCUGAAGCGAGUGUACUACAAAACCAAACGCGAGGACUAUCUGAGCGAAUCGUGCGAAUUCUUCGAGGAGCUCGAUGAGCUGAUGUCGGAAAAGUUGCAGCAAAACCAAGCCAAACUAGAGACUGCCGUCCCCCAGAAGCGGCCCAAACCGGUACUGGAGCACUUCGACAAGCUGCUGACCAAGAUUGGCGUGGUCGAGCGGGAAAACAACGAGGAAUUCUUCCGGAAGCAGAAGGACCUGAUCAACUACGAGUUCGAGCUGUACACACAGGACGAGCGGCAGUUCAGCCAGCGGUUGGCCAACGUUCUCGAGAAGAAUGCGGAGGACUUUUGCUUCCGGGCCCACCAAAUACUCAUCCUGGAGGGCAUGGUCGCGGGGACGGUGGCAGAAGUGGAAGAGGAAAAGCUGGACAUGGUCGAAGAAACGAUGGACGACGCAACGACGCUCGAGGAAUCGAUCGAGGAUGCGGACGGAGGAGAUCAUAUGGUGGAUGUGAUCGAACAGCUAGAGGAAGAGCAGGUCGAGAUGGUGGAGAUGGUCGAAGAGGACGUUCUGGAGGAGGACGAAGAGAACGAGAUCGACGAGAAGAAGGAGGUGGUAAAGCAAUACUACCAGACGUGGAAAGAGGACGAAUUUUAACCUACUAUCAUAUAGAUCAUAUCUCCGAUCCCAGGGAGUAACAUCCUUGGGACGCUACAUUAAAUCAAACUUCACGAAACAAA